AUGGGGUGCAGGACAUGUAGGGCCAGGAGAAUAAAGUGCGACGAGACCCGGCCUGUGUGUAACCAAUGCAUCAAAUCGCGCCGUCACUGCUCCGGCUACCGCUCCGACUUCGACAUCCUCCACCGGGACGAGACACAAGCGACAGCUGCACGGGCAAAGAAGGCAGCGGCCAAGAAGGCGGCCAAGAGGGCUGCCGAGGAAGGGGGCAUCAUCAUCACAUUUGACCCGGCCCCGGAAUCGAAUAAGGGCGCCGGCGGCGGCAGCAGCAGCACCAAGAACUCGUCCAUGCUCGUCGCCGGUUCCUCGUCACAGCCCUCCUCGCCAACGCCUUCACCUGCGACCUCCGCACCGGGCCCUUCAUCGACAGCAACAUCAACAGCACAGGCCUCGCCCCUCGAGCUGUCGUUCCCGGCAGCCGCCCCCGCCGUGCCUCUUGACCAACGCGCAAGCCAUUUCUUCGCGUGGAACUUCAUCAUGGUGCCCGGCCAGCGAGGCAAGAAUUCGGGCCACCUCGACUAUCUCCUGCCCCUGCUCAACUCCCAGACCCGGCCCGACAGCGCCUUCCAGCUCGCCUACAGCGCCGUUGCCCUGGCCGCCAUGGGCAACCGCUUCAAGGGGGACUCGACCGACCUGGUGGAGCUGUCCUUCAUGCAGCACUCGCGGGCCCUGGUUGCGAUCCACAGGGCGCUCAAGGACCCGGCCGAGAGCAGGCACGACGGCACCCUCGCGACGGUGCUCCUGCUGUCGCUGUUCGAGAAGAUCACGGCCGCCAAGGAGGUCGGCCUGCUCGCCUGGCGCACCCACAUCGAGGGCGCCAUGCACCUGGUGAGGUCCCGCGGCCGCGAGAUGGUGCAGAACAAGGACUCGGUCCUCCUGUUCAACGCCGUCCGCCUGCAGAUCAUCGCCCGCACCCUGUCGUCCGGCACGUCGUCCGUCAUGGGCGUCAACUGGUGGCUCCCCGAGUCCGUCGCGGCCGACUCCAUCGGCGCUCGCUACCAGCGCUUCGCCCUCGAGGUCAGCGACCUGCGGGCCGAGGUGACCCGUCUGAUGGCCACCCUGUCCCGCAACGACCAGGGCCUGGAGCUCAUGCUCGAGAUGCUGCGCAAGGUGCAGGACCUCGACCUCCAGAUGGCCAACUUCCUGCGCGGGCUGCCCGCCGAGUACCAGUUCACGCCCCUGUACUGGGAGGACAAGGUCCUCGGGGACGGCGAGGUCCGCCACGCGCCCGUGUAUCCCGGGCGUGUCGACGCCUACUCGGACCUGAUCGUCGCCAGCAUGUGGAACGCCACGCGCGCGACCCGCAUCAUCCUCAUGUCGCUCCUCAUCCGCGUCGCCGCCUGGAUCUGCAGCCCGGCCGACUUCCGCUCCACGCCCGAGUACGCCACCGCCGUGCGGACCUGCAAGGCCAACAUCGCCGACAUCAUCUCCUCGGUGCCGUACAUGCUCAGCAUGCACCAGAAGGACGCCCAGCGACCCAGUGCGCCGGCCCCGGGUGGCUUCGCGUGCGGGACUGACGAGCAGAGCAAGAUGCUGGGCGGGCUCAUGGUGGCCUGGCCGCUGAGCACGGUCAGGACUUGCGAUUACACCAUGGAUGAGCAGCGCGAGUGGGCCAUUGGCCGGUUGAACUUCAUCGCGAGUGAUCUUGGCAUCAAGUACGCCAGCAGUCUGGCUGCCGCCAAAAUCCGCUUCCCAUCCAUGCUCAUCCGUAGGGAUGGGCUCAUGCCGACCAAGGACCCAUUGAUGGAUAUCAAGCAGACACUGUCUACCAAGAUCGCCGUGAGAUAG